GGAGGCGGGAAGGGAGGGGGUGUUGCCGUCGCCCGCUUUUGCCACUGCUGCUGGGAGCGCCGCUGUUGCCGCUGCUCUUGCUGCUCCUCCUCCUCCUCCUCCUCCUCCUGUCAGUUCCGGCUCUUGGCUCGGGAAGGGGUUCCGGCCUCAGGAGCCUCGGUUGCUUGAGGAGCCGCUCCUCCGCGCCCACUUCGCCGGCCAUGGCCCGGGACUACGACCACCUUUUCAAGCUCCUUAUCAUCGGCGACAGCGGUGUUGGCAAGAGCAGUUUGCUGUUACGUUUUGCUGACAACACUUUCUCAGGCAGCUACAUUACCACAAUUGGAGUAGACUUCAAAAUCCGGACAGUUGAGAUUAAUGGAGAAAAGGUCAAGCUACAGAUCUGGGACACUGCUGGGCAAGAACGCUUCCGAACCAUCACAUCAACGUACUACAGAGGAACACACGGGGUCAUUGUGGUUUAUGAUGUCACAAGCGCCGAAUCCUUUGUGAACGUUAAGCGGUGGUUGCAUGAAAUAAACCAGAACUGCGAUGAUGUUUGCCGGAUAUUAGUUGGUAAUAAGAAUGAUGAUCCAGAACGGAAAGUGGUAGAGACAGAAGACGCAUAUAAAUUUGCUGGGCAGAUGGGGAUCCAACUGUUUGAGACCAGCGCCAAAGAGAACAUUAAUGUGGAAGAGAUGUUCAACUGCAUCACAGAGUUGGUUCUGCGAGCCAAGAAAGACAACUUAGCAAAGCAGCAGCAGCAGCAACAGAAUGACGUGGUGAAGCUAACAAAGAACAGUAAACGGAAGAAACGAUGCUGCUAAUGUUCUUUCUCCUGCGGCAGAGACUGGGCGUGCAGACAGCUCGGCCCUUCCAGCCAGGCACAGGCGAUUCCACUGGGUUCAGCCUUAGGAGGACUGGUGAUGUUUUUUUUCCUCACUCUGUGCCGUUAUUUAAAUGAGUUUUCUCCCAUAUUUUCGGUCAGGAGGCACCCUACCACAAUAGUGCCAAGAAGGUCCUGGAUGGAGGUGAUUCUGCCCUUCUCUCCUUCCGACUCUUGGAGACAAAAUGUGACUUUGCCUACCAAGUGGACUUUUGAUUCUAAGAGUUUGUACAUAAUGUAUAUUUGCUUUAACCAGCUGCGCCUCCCUCAUGUCACUUCAGCUUCUGCCUUCUUAACGUCAACCAAUCAUGACUUGUUCAGCAUUCAUCUUCUACAUUUUCCCCCUUCCAAAGAUACAGUAACCCAGUGCCCUCAAAUUGGGUUUUCCUUGUUGGCAUCCACUGUUCUUCAGCCUUUGUUUUAGCCUUCAGGUUUGGAGCGGUGUCUUAGGUGCUUUCAAGCUUCCAGUUACAGUACAUUGAGGUUUUUUCCCCCAGUUAUGAAAUAGCCUAUAUUGUUGGAGUUUUUGUCAGUUCAUGCAGUAGCUGUGCUCUCCUCCCCUAUCUGACAGGAGGUGACAAAAUUAAUUUCUUAUGCCAUGGAAAUGAAACCUUAAAGGUUGAGAAGUAUUAAGAUUCACACUUGAAAGGGCUUUUCCCUUGGUGGUAUUACUCUCCUCUCAAGAGCUAGAGAAGUGUAGAGCUGUCAAAAACCUUUUCUCUUCUGCUCCUCUCCAACCAUCAUUUUGUGCCCAGGUGUAACUGCAGUUCUUCUGAUCGGAAAUGUCCAUGGUGGGUUUUGCCACUGCUGCUUUUCUUAAGAGCCGAAAAGCACGGGAAGAGGGAAAGCUGGCUUUUCCAAAUGCUGUUUGCACCUAACAGUUGUGGGCAAGCUGCUUCCAGUACUCUUCUGUUAGAAUGAAAGCUGUCGGCUAGGUAUCAAGAAACUCAAGAGAGUUUUUGGGUUGGGCAGCAGUAAUUGGGAAUCCCUCAGAUGUGCCACUCUACCCUGGUUAGGCCAUAGGUGGGGUUUCUGCAGAUGAUGCCGGUCUUCAGUCAAGAAAUAAUUCAGCUCCUCAGCAUUUGACUCACUAAGCAUUUUAAGGCAGGCCAGGCUUCAGAGAGCGCACACUCUUCAAGCCAAAAUAAUUUCCCUCCAGAAUCUUAAAGGGUGAUUCUUGUGUUAACAGGCUACUCUUCACAAUCAGUGACCUUUUCGAUUUUGAAUCGUGCAAGAAGGGUUCAGCUGAAAACCCUUAUGUAUUGUUUUGCUUGCCUUUAAGAACAAAGACUUGUGCAAGCAGAAGCCGUACAAUCACAUUGCAGGUAGUCUGACUUUGCCACCUCUCAGACAGUGGCUGGCAUUGUAUUAGUGGCAUACGCAGGCAUAACUCAAACAUACACCUGUGUGUGUCUUUUUUGGCUGUUGCAGAGGUUACUAUUCCCUUCCUCCCUGCACAACAAUCUAAGUCACCCCUUGGACUUAUUGUAGAGCUACUGUACUGUACCCCCACAACCAUCCCAGGGCAAGGUGACGAAAGAAGUGUCUGACUGUGUCCUGGCAGCAAGGCAUGAAGUGACUGCAUCAUUUACUGAGACUUUUGGAGAACUCCAAGCUGGUCUUAGCCAAUGAUGUAACCAUUCCACAUCAGAUUGCCAGAACAUAGCCAGACACUUUUAAGGCCCUGCUCUCCUCCAGGUACAGAAUGACUGGGGGGUGGAUGGGAUGCAUCAGCUUUAUGUAAGUCUGGUGGGAUGUUGAAUGGCCAGCUGUAGCAUAGUUCUGCAUGUGGCACUACUACGCUACAUUGAACUAUACAGGGUUCCGGCCCAUGAAUGUGAUGGAAUUUCAGUGAACAGUAUUUUCCAAAACGUCCAUCCCAGCUACACUUCUUCCACAGCCAACGUCUCCGUGCAUCUCCUCUUUAAGUGGCUACUCACUUGAGAACGGGAAGGUGAAUAGAGCAACCCCCUUUGGGAGAAGCUGUGGGCAUAAGAGGUCUGUAGAAAUGAUGGGAGGAUAUUGAUGAUUUGGAGCAGGUGGGUUGAAGCAAUGGUAGGUCCUCAUUGGAGAGGUUGUGUUCUUACCUUACUAUGGUCAUUUAGGGAGCUGGGCAGGGCUGUCGUCUUUGCCAAUGCAGCAGUUCAGUUUUUGAUUUCUGAAGCUUGGGGGGGAGGUUCCCCCAAGGCCUCCAUGAGCAGCAUCUCCUUUCCUUCCUGCUGCUUCCCCUUCCCUUGUUAAAGGAGGCUCUGCAGUGGUGGUUCCUUAGUGGACAGUGUCAGUGGAUGGUGCCUGUGGAGUAUUAGAGACUGGGGUGGGGAGGGGGAACGGGGUGGGACUGCGUCUUUAGCGGUGCUGAUGUCAAGCGGUGGAAUGUCUAACUGGUGGUUUGCUAGGAUGAUUUCUGUAUAUUGAAACUUUCUAAUUAUGCUUUUUAAAUAAUUUUAAAAAACUAAAAAUAAAGGUGCCAAGCUGCCAAAUCUUC